CCGAACGAGCCUGUUGCGUAUGCUGUCUGCUUCUUCAUUAUCAUCGACACUGUGUAGAAGAAAAAUUUGCCCCCCAUUCUCCCACAAAUUACGAAUCGGCAGCUUGUUCAAUGGCAUCAUCCGCUCUUGCUCGACCUCAGUCGCAGUGCCUGCAAUGCCACCACCCCAUUCCAGAAUGACUACUUGCUCAUUCUGAUGUUGCUGCUGCUGGAGUUGUUGUUGAUGCUGAUGAUGCUCAGUUAGGGUGGACUCUUUAGCUUGCUGCUGCUGCUCGGAGCUCAAUUUGCGGUCAUUCGAUCACAUUGGCGACAGUCGAGUCAUCGGGUGUUGAUGGCAGGGUUGAGAAGAAUUGCUACCUCGGGAAUCAAAGCCGAAACCGUUAGGACAUCAUGAUUACUCGUUCGCCUGUUCAAAGAAGGCGGUUCCCGUCCAGCUCUGGCCUUCUUGAGCCUGGGUCUCCUGCCAUGGAUCAAUUACAGCGACCAUCUCCAACUAAGAGACCAAGAGCACCCCCGGAUCAUGUCGAUGACGAUGACUUUCUCUCCCGUAGAGCUCUCGAGGUGUACAAUGGCGCUCAGAGAUCUGGAAGUCAUCGGAUGAUUGCUUUCACAACUCGACCUGAAACCGAUCUUGGGCCGGGGGAGUUCGAUGAUCUUGUUGAACACUUUGGUCCUGGGUCUAGCUAUACUCUUGAUUGUGACGAUCAUGAUCAUCUGAACGAUUCCAGUCGGUGCACCUACAAGUGCCGCAGUAUGGUGAAAUCAGAGGUAUUAGAGAACCUGGAGAAGAGAGAAAAGCAAGUGUUUGAUCUUCAGAGUUCUGUCGAUUCUCUCAGAAGCAAGCUUUCGUUAACAGAGGACAGUGAGAAGCGCUUGGUACAAAGCAAAAAAUCAUUGGAGCAAGUCGUUGCUGCUUCAAGUGGUCGAGAGGCAUCCAUGCACGCCCAACGACUGCAAGAAAGUGCUAAAUCUGAUGAGAUGCUUCGCACGCAGCUCAAGCGCUGUCACGAACUUCAGGCUCGGCUUCAAGAAGAGAUGCAGCUCAAGGCUGAGGCAGAGGCCAAAGCUCUGGCUGCAGAAGCACGGGCAUUAGAAGCAGAGCAAGAGAAACUCAUAAAUAAGGAAAACUCAACUAGAGAGAUCAACCAGCUCAGUCGCGAACUGGCUAGGUUGAGAAGGGACAGUGACUAUUCCUUGAAACGACUCAGAGUAGAGAAUGAAACGCAAAUGGAGCAGACUCAAUUGGUUGCUGAGGAAAUUGAUACCUUGAUGACACAACUCGAUGAGGAGAAGAAACUGCUUGCUCAGACAGUAGAAGAAAAACAGGAGUUGGAACACAAGCUUGCAGAUGCCAUGAAGCAGCUUGCUACACGGACAACUACGGGAUCUGAGGCGGAUACGGUUAUCAAGCAUCUUCAAGACGAACUCAACAAAUCCUCUGCAGACGUGGCUGAGGCAAGGAAGCUGAAGCAGAUGCAUGUGAAUGUUGCCCUGUUAAAGGAGCAGCUACACAGUGAGCAACUGCGCGCAAACAGGGCAGAGGCAGGUCUUACAGAUCUAGUUAAUCUUCAAUCCAGGGUGAAUGUAUUAGAAUCAGAACUUGAGCGUUGGUCUGACAUGAUAGAAGUUAUUCCAGGAGCACAGACUCGUGAUGAUGUUCCCCGUUGCAUUGCGGAACUUCAAAGGGCGGCUGUGGCUGCAACUGCCAAAACAGGAGACGCCACUUCUCAAAUAUCAGAGCUUAAAAUAGCUGUCGAAAGAGCCGAGAGGUCUAAGUUACUUGCUGAAGCGAGGGCAUCGACUCUACAGGAAGAGGUUGCAGAUGCCAUGAUGAAUGCUGCAAGACUUGAGCGUAAGAUCGCCAUGCUAAGCUCUGAGAGGGACGGGUUGAAGAGAAUACUAGAGUCUUAUGAUAGCGAAGAGGCGGUUAUUGCCAGUCACAGGAAGCCUGGUGACAAAAUUGCAAAUCUUUCAACUCCUGAAAAAUCGAAGGACAAUCGCAUUCAGGAACUUUCGUCAGCAUUGAAUGAUGCUCAACAGAACAUAACUCAACUGGAUGAUGCGCUUUCGCAAAGCAAUAACACUGCCGCAGAGCAACGGCAGAAGAUUGAGAGCCUCACUGAAGAACUCAAUGAUGCGAUUGAAAAAAUUAAUUCCUUGAACCGAGAAGGUGAACGCCUUCGAAAAGAAGUGGCAGGCUUAGAACUGAAGUUGGGAAGGGGUGAAUUCAACCGAGCAACGACAAAAGUUCUCCACCUUGUCAAGAAUCUUGAAUCAGGAGGAAGUAGUACAAAGUCCACUGUGGUUACGAGGGAAACCAACAAGACUCAAUCUGAGGAGUUAGCAGCAUUAACGAAGCAAAUUGCCUCCUUGGAGAAGCGUGAAGCUCGAUAUCGGCAGAUCUUUGCGGACAAGAUUUCACUUUUUAGGGAAGCAUGCUAUUUGCUAUUUGGAUAUAAGGUGCAAAUGCAUGAGGAGAAAGACUCCUUAACACUGAUGCCUGUGACAGUGUUCACACUACAAUCCAUUUAUGCCGCAAGUGAUGAAGACAAACUUCUUUUUCAGCUCAACCAAGGGCGGAUGGAUAUGCUUGCUACAGAUUUCACAACUUCUCCCGAAAUAUCUCGUCAGGUUACUACUUUUCUGAAGAACUUCAAGUCUAUCCCUGCGUUUAUGGCCAAUCUAACCAUGGAGCUCUUCAACAGGACAACCUUGAGUUGAUGUGCUGACACAAUGCUCAAUGUAAGGAUAUAUACAAGUCUCUCAGUCAUUAUCCUUACUAAACCUGAAUAGCCAGACUAAUUACGUUGUUCUGGAAUAGUACAUACGUGGUUUGCAUCGGAUUGGGUAAAAAAUUUUGCUGAUUGAUUUGUCCUAUUGCUUCUCGUCUAUCUGGCAAUAGAACACUGAAUAUACUGUACUGAAGAACUGUAAGGAUGGGUCUACAUUUUGUCCCAUAUUCAUUGGAUAAGGAACCACAGCCAUUUUUAGUAAAAUAUGGAGAAAUGUAUCAGUAUGUCCGGUUUGAAGUGAAGGUGAUUUGUGGGGGAUUUCACCCAUGGUCAAAGGGAAAAGAAUUCAAAGCUGGUCAAUGGAA